UUUGGCAGCUUUCAGUUUUGAAAAAUUACAAAACUGCGCUCCGCAUUUGAAAGGCACCUUCUCUCAUUCACUCGUUGCAAUGGAACUGACAGAAGAACAGAGAAAACAAAUGGAAGCAAAUCGCUUAGCUGCAAUCGCAAAACGAAAAGCCUUCUUAGAAUCUCAGCAACCUCAACGAAACCCUUGGCACCUUUUCAAAUGCCAAAAAUUCUCUCAACCCUCUCAACCCAAACCCAACACUAAAUUCCUCGCAAGACUUGAAAUAUGUUCUCAUGAUUCUUUCUCAAUUACUCCUCUCCCUCUCCCCAAUUUCCCUUUUCCAACCCUAGAUACUUGCUUCCAAAUUAUCAACGACAUUAUCUCCCAAAUGAAUGUGGAUCCAUCGCAUUUUACUCAGACAAGCAUGGGCGGAAAAGCUUGUGUGUUUAAGUUGACGGACUAUAGAACCGUUUUGAAGCUGUUAAAGGCAGAGAUUGAGGUGGAGGAGAUUCCUUGGGUGACUUUCAAUGUCGUCGAUACGCUUUCGCAUUUGGAGGGGAGGUGGAAUCCGGUGAGGCCAGAGCAUUUGAGUGAUGAUGAGGUUGAUGGUUUGAUUGGGAAGUUGCCUAACAGAUUAAUUGAUGUGUUGUUGCCGUUUCAAAUGGAUGGUUUAAGGUUUGCACUUAGAAGAGGUGCUCGAUGUCUUAUUGCCGAUGAAAUGGGACUUGGAAAGACUCUUCAGGCUAUUGCUAUUGCAGGAUGUUUUGUUGACGAAGGAUCUAUACUUGUUGUUUGCCCUGCUGUUUUGCGGUAUUCGUGGGCUGAAGAACUGGAGCGGUGGCUUCCUUUCUGCUUGCCAGCUGAUAUCCAUCUUGUUUUUGGCCAUCAAGACAAUCCUGUAAAUCUAAAAAGAUGCCCCAGAGUUGUGGUUAUUUCUUAUACCAUGCUUCAUCGUCUAAGGAAGAGCAUGCUUGAGCUUAAGUGGGCUCUUUUGAUUGUUGAUGAAUCUCAUCAUGUACGCUGUACAAAGAAAACCGAAGAACCAGGAGAGAUAAGGGCUGUUCUUGAUGUGGCUUUGGAAGUCGAGCGUAUCAUUCUGCUAUCAGGGACACCUUCUUUGUCAAGACCGUAUGACAUAUUUCAUCAGAUAAAUAUGUUAUGGCCAGGUUUGCUGGGGAAGACUAAAUAUGAGUUUGCAAAAACUUAUUGUGAUCUCAAAUAUAUCAAGGGUUUCCAAGGAAAAUAUUUUGCGGAUUAUUCGAAGGGUGUCCGCUUGGAGGAAUUGAACGUGUUACUAAAGCAAACUGUUAUGAUAAGGCGGCUCAAGCAACAUGUGUUACAACAGUUACCUCCAAAACGCCGGCAAAUUAUAAGACUGUCAUUGAAAAGAUCAGAUAUAGUUGCUGCGAAAACUGCUGUUGGGGUAUUGAAGAUUGAUGUAUCUGAAAAUGGAAUUGAAGAUAUGCCGUUGGAUAAUUUGGAUGAACAUGAUGGAAAGCUUACUUAUCAGGAACUUGGAAUUGCAAAGCUAUCUGGGUUUUGUGAAUGGCUUUCCUUUCAUCCACUCAUUGCGGGAUUAGAGAAUGCUUCAAAGAUGAUAAUUUUUGCUCAUCAUCACAAAGUUCUUGACGGAGUACAGGAGUUUAUAUGUGAGAAAGGAGUAGGUUUUGUGCGAAUAGAUGGACAUACACUACCCCGAGAUAGACAAUCUGCAGUAAUCUCAUUUCGAUCAUCACCAGAGGUUAAAAUUGCGAUAAUAGGUAUUCUAGCAGCAGGUUUUGGACUUGAUUUCUCGACAGCACAGGAUGUUGUGUUUUUGGAGCUACCUCAGAGCCCAACGACGAUGCUUCAGGCCGAGGACAGAGCUCAUCGACGGGGUCAAACAAAUGCAGUUAACAUAUACAUAUUUUGUGCAAAGGAUACUUGGGAUGAAUCGCAUUGGAAAAGUUUGAAUAAAAGUUUGCAUCGUGUUUCAUGUACAACAGAUGGAAAAUAUGACUCGAUGAAAGAGAUAAAGGUUGAAGGUGUUUCUUAUAUAGACCCAACCUUGAAAAUUGACAGAUCUGAAGAACAAUCUGCAUGCAAAGAUGCAUCAGAUGAAACAGAAUUGGAUAAGCAACCCUCUGCAUUUAAAUCAAAUGAACCAGAAGCAAAUCAAGAUGAUGAAUCUGGUCUUGUAGAUAACACAAAUCAGGGUGCUAAUAUUACGGUUGAUAGUGUUUCCUGCCUAGAUUUAGGCAAGAUUUCAGUUUUGGAUGAAAAUCUUGAUGUAGAUGAUUUUAAUGGUGGGGAUAGAUGUUCUGAAGAGAGUUUCGAGGACAACGAUGAAGUAAUAGAGGAUAAGGAAUCAACUUCAACGACAGAUGCAGUAAAUGGCCAGCCCAUUCAUCCUGUUGAAACUGAAGGAGAUUGCCCUAAUCAAGUCAAUUCUCUUCGAUUUGAGGUGAGUCCAUACACUGGAAGGAUCCACCUUUAUACUUGCAAUCCGGGCACAGAUGUAAGACCACAGCCACUUUAUGAAAGUUUUCGACCAGAAGACCUUGAGUUGCUGAGUCCUUCUGAUGCUGAUGAGAAAUGGGAUAUAGAGUCUGCAUCUGUCAAGGAUAACCCUGCUUAUAGGAAUGCUCUUCUGGAUUUUGCAAAUGAAUGGAAGAAUUUAAGGUCAAUUGAACGCAGGAAGUUACUUGGAAAACCGUUACAACUUCCUUUGGCUGUUGAAUUAUGCUACUUGAGUGAAAGUAAUAACCACAACAGUAAGGGAUUAAUAAAUGGUGGAAGCAAACGGCGCAUGACUCCUUUAACGGAGAUUAGCUAUACUUUACCAUCAGAUGCUGUUUGGAAAAAGGUUUAUCUUCGAAGUGGCCUUGGUAAGAAGGAAAAAGAAUACACUCAAGGCUGGAGUCUGAAAGAUGAGCCACUUUGUAAGCUUUGUCAAAAGCAGUGCAUGGGUAAUAAUGCCAAGACACCUGAAUAUUUUGAAGAUCUUUUUUGUAACCUUGACUGCUAUCAAGAGUAUCGUAUGAGAACUAGCAGCCGAUUCCUUCGUCAGGAACUUUUCCAAAUUGAGCAAGGUGUGUGCACAAAUUGCCAAUUAGACUGUCAUAAGCUUGUUGUGCAUAUAAGACCUUUGUCCUUGGAAAGACGACAGGGGUACAUUGAAAAAGUAGCACCAAAAAUUGCAAAGCGGAAGAAGAUGCUUGAGAAGCUUGUCAACGACCCAAGUGAAGGCAAUGCAUGGCAUGCUGAUCACAUUGUUCCAGUAUAUAAAGGCGGAGGUGAAUGUAAUCUUGAAAAUAUGAGGACUCUUUGUGUGGCCUGCCAUCAUGACGUUACUGCUGUACAAUGUGUUGAACGACGCAUUAUAAGAGCAAAUGCCCGGAAACAACUAAAAGUUUUGAUGAAUGCCAUGAAAAAUAGUAUUGAGGAUCAUCGGCUUCAAGGCGAACAAGAAAGUCUACUUGACGAUGAGGUUUUAGUCAAGGUUCCUGGAAGUUCCUAUUCUCUUGCGAACAUCCAAGAAAGUGGAGAUGCAGCCUGUUAAGGAUCACAAACAACUACAUAAAUGGUCGCAAUUCAACCGAGUUUGUUGUAAAUUAAAAAUUAUGGGGAACUGCACAUGGUGCAGUUGCAACUACCAGAGAUGAUCGUAAUCUGCUUGGAAGUGGUUAUCAUGGUAUGGUGUACUUCGCAUCAACCUUGUUUAUCCUUAUUUUAUUGCGGUCGAACAUUCUAUUUUAACUGCACAGCCUAUGAAAAAAAUUCCUUGAGGAAAUUCUUUUGAAGAAUAGCAUCUUGUCCAGUUUGAAAGCGAGCAAUAGUUAACAUGUGAACAGGAAGCACUCAAGCCUGAGAUUAAGAUAACCACGGAAGUGUAGUGGCAGAGUUUGGGUUCAUCCUUAUGUAAACAUAUCAUUGAUUUCAACCAUUUUUUUGUGUAUAGUGUAUUAGGGAAACGUUGAUCUGAAAUUACAUGGCCAGAUUGUUGUGCCAUGGUUCAUGUUCUGAUGAAUUAUAUAAUAGUUUCCAAAUGGAAAUAUAAUAUUGAAAUUGUACAUUUAUGUAAUACUAUCGAACAUGUAAAAGAAUAUCCAUUUUUUUCAAAACAAACAGAUAUUGGAUGGAAUAAAGUGACAAGGACUUGUCUUCUGUCACAUGGGGACAUAGUAGGCUUUAACUAAAAAUAUGGUCUUCAUUAAAUUAAAAAAAAUGUUUGAUAGCUGUAAUUGUAGAUAUGCUUUACAUAAAUUUCGACAAUUAUAAAAAUCCAACCUGCUUUACAUUAUGAUAUAGCUGCCUCCACUAAGGCAUUACUUUUCACCCCUUUGCUUCUAAACAAAACAGCCUUUCAUGUUUCAGAAAUAUAGUUUUAGAGAGUAUAAAUUAUCCAAAAGCGUUUUCUCGACAAUACAAAAUCAGUGUUUUUCUAGAUAGAUACUACAUCUGAACUCAUGUUUAGGGGUGAAAAGAGUUUUCGUUCUACAAUAAUGCUUGUGCACUAAUCCUUGACCAUCAUUAAAACACGAACCUCAUUGGCAAUUGCUGCUGAUACAUGCUUGUGAAAUUUUCGUUGGCUAUGGAGAACCCAAGCAUCCAACUACUUAUCAUGCGCAAGACCUAUGAUGGACUAUACAUCUUCAAAGUUGAUGUGAUCAUGAAUUCAUUUAUAAAAAAUAAACACCCAAAUUAGUAUUUAUGCACAUGAAGUUUAUUGUACCGAUUUAAUUUUUGUUUAAUUGCUUUGGUAUUA